AUUCACAUCAACAACCCGUGAGCAUCAUAGUGCAACUGUUAUAUGUUGGAAUACAGUGAGGUGAGACUAUACACAUAAUUACAACAACAAAAUAUAUAAUUAGCAACUGCUGAGGUGACCAACAACAUUGAAAGCUACCGCAUCCAUUCAUCAGAUAUUAUCAUCAGCUGUUUUGAUUGCAGGAGUUUUCAUAUGGAGAUUUCAUCAAUCAGAGGGUUAUCUGAACUGGGUAUAAUAGAGGAUCCUAGUUUUCUCCACCAGUGGAACUUAAACCCUAUUGAUACAACUAGCUUAACAGGUGCUGCUUUUGGAGAGAUUUUACAAAAGCAUUCAGUCUCUGAUAACCCAAACUUCAAUUCCAAAACAUCCAUGGAAACUUCAAGUGGAAUUGAAAGACCUACAAAACAGCUCAAAAACAACAGCUGGAGUCACAGCAAAAGUCAACAGUCAUCAGAAACACAAUUUGCUUCUUGCUCAAAUCUUCUUUCAUUUGUUGAUUCUAAUUACACAAGUGAAUUGGGACUGGUGAAGCCUAAGGUGGAGAUGGUGUGUCCUAAAAUCAAUAACAAUACUCUUGCAGACAUGUUGAUCUCUCAGGGAACCUUGGGGAAUCAAAACUAUGCCUUCAAGGCUUGCCAAGAGGCCAAAAAGAUUGAGACACGUCCUAAAGUUUCUCAACCUCAUGACCAUAUAAUAGCUGAAAGGAAGCGGCGAGAGAAGCUCAGCCAGCGGUUCAUUGCUCUAUCAGCUCUUGUUCCUGGCCUAAAAAAGAUGGACAAAGCUUCUGUUCUUGGAGAAGCUAUAAGGUACUUGAAACAAAUGCAAGAGAAAGUGAGUGCUCUUGAGGAGGAACAGAACAGGAAGAAAACUGUGCAAUCUGUGGUAAUUGUGAAGAAAUCCCAACUAUCUAAUGAUUCUGAAGACUCUUCUUCUUCAGACACUGGUGGUAAUACAUUGAAUGAGGCUCUACCGGAAAUUGAAGCACGAUUUUGUGAAAGAAAUGUCCUCAUAAGAGUACAUUGUGAGAAGAAUAAAGGAGUUAUAGAGAAAACAAUCAGCGAAAUUGAGAAACUCCAUCUAAAAGUCAUCAAUAGCAGUGCCUUGACAUUUGGUAGUUUCGCCCUGGAUAUAACUAUUAUUGCUCAGAUGGAUAUGGAAUUUGGCAUGACAGUGAAGGAUCUUGUGAGAAGUUUACGCUCAGCUUUUUCACCUUUCAUGUGAAGAAAUUUCAUAUUCAUGUAAUAUGCCACGAUAUGUAGUAUCUAUCGUCCCC